CAGCUGUUAGGAGAAAGGGAGAGAAGCACUUCAUGUCGACGGAGCGCAGCCUGGACCUUCAGUGACAAAUUAGUGUGUGUGAGCUUUGUGCGUCUCUGACCAACAACCACACACAUAUACAUACACUACACCUGCUCCAAGUCUGUAAUACUGUGACUGUUGUGUUGAUAUCUUCAGUCAAAGGAAUUAACCGCUACCAAGACUCCUGUGUUCUUACCGACACCCCAAGGCGUUCGUCAUUCCGAGUGGAAUCUUCAUUAUACAGUCCUUAACUAAUUCCCUACUUUUCAUUGGUCCUUCGAGCCGGAUGAGACGUUUUCCUUGGAUUCCAUGAUGCAGCCUAGUUUCACAUACGGUGAAGCCUCAUCAGAAUCUACACGUCCUAAGCGGCUAGUUCAUCCUCCUCCUUACUUCAGUGACUACGAAGUGAGUUAUGUCAGCCAAAGGCAAGCCACUACAAUUCCUAGUUAUCAACACACAGCACAGUAUGCAGUCGGUCCAGAAGAGGACAACCUGAGUGAUCCAGGACUUCAUCCCUCAGCAGUAUCUGCCCAGUCAUCACGGUCCUGCAGCCCUUUAAGUCAGGCCAGAUGGAACUUCACCUUAGAUGGAUGGACUCUUUCCACUAAUGGAGCUCAGGAGCCUGAUCAUCAUCUGCAGGAUGAUCAUCCUAUAGGAGCUAGUGGGCAGCGGAGCUACCCAACCCCUCAAUUGGAUCCUUCGCCCUAUCAUCGACCUUGGGAACCAUCUUUAACUCCUCAUUCCCUACACAGUGUAGACUCAAGACAUUAUGUGCAGUCAGGCAGUGUCCCUACUGUUACUCCCUAUGCAGUCAGGCCAGAGACAGGAAGGAGCCAGUCUCUGCAGCACGACCAAACCCAGUACAGAGAUCUACCCCAAGGUCAUCAGAGGUCAUACACCUUGACCUCUCAAGCCCAUAGUGUCUACUCAAAGGAUACUGUGAUGCUUGACACACUGGAUAAGAUGAUGGGUGAAUUACGGCUUUUAAAGGAGGAAACACUAUCAGCUUCAGUAAGUCAACCUACAGCUAACCAUGUGCCUUAUCCUCAUUCUAGUCCCCUAACCAUGGGUCACUAUGACCAAAAGCCUCUCCAGCAGAGUCAGCCAUCCACAUAUACCUACCCCAGGUAUCCAACUCAUUCACCCCAGCCCCACAACCAGAGAGUAUACUAUGACCACCAGCCAUAUGUUGCAGCACAAGAAAUAACCUACAGGGGUCCUAGACCUACCAUACCUGAUCUUACUAAGAAGGACCCUGGUGAGUUUGCACGGCUGAAGAUUGCUCUCAAUAAUCUACUUCCACGGGACGGAACAGAGCUAUUCAAGUACCAGAUCCUGAUGGAUCAUCUAAAACUAUACGAAGCCCGUCUAUUAGCCGAUGCAUAUCUUAAUUCUCCUACCCCUUACUCUGACACAAUGGCAGCCCUGUCAGAGAAAUUCGGUCAGCCCCAUCAGUUAGCUAUCAAGAAGAUCGCCAGUGUGAUGGAUGCACCUGACAUCAGACGUGGAGACACAGAGGCCUUUGAGAGAUUUGCAUUGCAGAUUCGUGCUCUCGUCGGUAUGCUGAAGAUCCUCGGCCAGGAAGGAGAGAUGGAGCUGCGAUGUGGUUCUCAUGUGUCACGUCUCCUUAGUAAAUUACCUGCUGAGAUGAGGUCUGAGUUUCGGAGAUACAUGUGUCGUCACCCAGGUACGGUUUACAACCUAAUAGAGCUCUCUUGUUGGCUGCAGCUGGAAACCUGGUGCCAAGAUAGUGACAGUUAUAGCGGUAACCAAGGUCACAAAGAGAAACCCAUCCAGAAGCAAGAACAUCGGCCACAGUCAAAGUUCAUCCCUCGUGCAGCUACCAUACUCCAUGGCACAGAGGACGUGUCACCACCACCAACGGAGUCAUCUACCGGUAGAGCCCCUGCACAGAGCAAGAAGACAGGCUCACCAAAAGCCUACUGUCCUUACUGUGAAGCAGACGAUCAUUAUCUAAGCCAAUGUGCCACCUUUAAGUGUUUUGACAAAGCUCAAAUCAUAGACUGGAUUAAGACCAACAAACGUUGUUGGCGAUGUGGGAGAUCACAUCAAGCGGCACAAUGCACCCUGAAGAAACCCUGCAGCAUAUGUCAAGGUAAACACCUUCAGAUACUGCACGAGGUCAACAACAGGACUAUUAAGGAAGGAACCUGUCUGGUUAGCUCAGCAACCGAAACCCUUCAUCUGGAGAAACCAUCGGACUCUACCCGAGUUCUCUUGAAAGUCGUCAGAAUUAUCCUCCGAUAUGGUGACAAGACGUUGGACACCUAUGCGGUCCUAGAUGACGGCUCUGAUCGCACUAUGCUGCUCUCAGCAGCAGCCCAACAACUUGGACUAACAGGCACCCCAGAAGACCUUGCCCUCAGAACCAUCCGUCAGGAUAUUCAGACUCUGCACGGUGCCUCAGUUUCUUUCCAAGUCUCCACUAUAAAGCAACCAAAGAAGUAUUUCCAGAUAGACAACGCCUUUACUGCUCAGCGCCUCGGGUUAGCUGAACAUACCUAUCCAGUGGCUACCCUUCAGAAAAGGUACAAGCACCUCCAAGACUUGCCUCUACACGGUUUCAGUCGAGUCUCACCCUUGUUGCUGAUUGGAGCUGACCAGCCUCACCUCAUAAGCCCAGUGGAACCUGUGCGUUUCGGACCACCUGGAGGUCCAGCUGCAAUCCAUACACGGCUUGGAUGGACACUUCAAGGGCCGGCACAGAUUCUUCAGUCCCAGUUACAGCCUCACCAAUGCCUUUUUACAUCCCUCAGCCCACUUGCAGUCGAGUUGCAGCGCAACGUGGAGAAGCUGUGGCAAGUUGACACCCUGCCUUACAGGUCUGAGAAGGAAGUGACCAGGUCUAAGGAAGACCAGGAAUCCGUUAACCUACUGGAGGCUAAGACAAAGCGACUAAACGUGAAUGGAGUGCUUAGGUAUGCAACACCUAUCCUAAGGAGAAAGGAAGCACCACUACUCCAGGCAUCCAAGGAAGCAGUAAUGCCAAGCCUCAGGAGUACAGAGAAACGCCUGGCUAAAGACCCAGAAAAGGCAGCUGACUACAACGCAGAAAUCCAGAAACUUGUAACCUCCGGUGCUGUAGUAAAACUACCAGCCAAAGCUGUCUCUCAGAGCAAGGAAGGUUGGUUCAUACCACAUCACAUGGUCCAUCACAAUGGGAAGAAUAGAAUAGUGUUCAACUGCUCCUUCCGCUACAAGGGACUUAACCUCAACGAGUCUCUUCUACCUGGUCCUGCCUUGAGCGCCUCCAUUGUUGGUGUGCUGCUGCGCUUCAGGGAACACACAGUCGCUAUCAGUGGAGACAUCAAGGGGAUGUUUCAUCAGGUCCGUCUCCUGCCUGAAGACAAACCCCUCCUGAGGUUCCUGUGGCGGGACAUGAGGAGAGAAGAACCACCUGACAUCUACGAGUGGCAAGUACUUCCCUUUGGGACCACGUGCAGUCCAUGUUGUGCCUCAUUUGCUCUUAACCAACAUGUCAUCCUGCACAGUGAACCUGGAGAAGACGUAAGAUUUUCAAUCGAACGUUGCUUUUACGUGGAUAACUGCCUGCAAAGCGUUCCUUCAGUCGGUGAGGCCCAGCAGUUAGUCAACAAGCUACGAGAGCUUCUGGCAUCAGGAGGAUUUGACCUCCGUCAAUGGGCUUGCAACAGGCCGGAGGUCAUCAGCCAUCUCCCACCAGAGGCACGCUCGGAAAAGCUGGAGCUUUGGCUGUCACAUGACAAGGUUGGUGCACAUGAGUCAACGCUGGGACUGAGCUGGCACUGUGACACGGACACCCUCGGUUUUAAGAACAGAGUCCUUAACCAUGGACAACCUACAAUGAGGAUGAUCUACCGAACUCUGGCAAGUCAGUAUAACCCACUCGGCUUCAUAAUGCCCUUCACUACCAGAGCCAAGAUCAUAGUACAGCGGCUUUGGGACAAGCCCAGAGAUUGGGAUGAUCCCCAGCUACCUGAAGAUCUGCUGCUGCAGUGGAAUACCUGGGAGGAGGAGUUGGAACACCUGCCAGAAAUAGCAUUACCCAGAUGCUAUACACCAGAGAACAUGGACAGACAAGAGGUGCUAAGAGAAGUACACAUCUUUUGUGAUGCUUCAGAGCGAGCCUACUGCUCCGUGGCCUACUUACGAUCAGUGGAUCCCCAUGGGGAGGUACACGUAUCUUUCAUCAUGGCCAGGUCACGUGUGGCACCAACAAAGCAGCUCUCUAUCCCCCGGCUAGAACUGUGCGCAGCUCUCACUGGCGCCCAGCUGAAGAAGCUACUUCAGGCCGAGUUGACACUCAAGGUGGAGGAAGUCACCCUUUGGUCCGAUUCAACUACAGUACUCAACUGGCUUCAAUCCACAUCCUGCCACUUCAAAGUCUUCGUCGGAACCAGGAUCUCAGAAAUCCAAGACAUCACAGACUGUAAAGCCUGGCGAUACGUGGACUCAGCCAGUAACCCAGCCGAUGACAUUACCAGAGGCAAGACGCUAAGAGAGCUAGCAAACCCAAACAGGUGGAGCCAGGGGCCAGCAUUUCUACUCCUGCCUCCAGACGAGUGGCCUUCCUACACGUCGUCAAACACCACAGAUCAACUGCAGGAGGUUACAGAGUUAAAGCGUUUUGCCAUAUGUGCUAUGGCCAUCUCCCAACCAAGGGCAUCGACUCCAGAUGUCACACCGUUCCGUACUUGGAGUGAUCUAGUGGAGGCCAAAGCCAAGGAACUUCACGGGGUGGCCAGGCUUGGUGACUCAUCGUCAACUGACUCCCCUACAGCAGAGAUGUACACCAGGGCAGAGCAGAAUGUUCUUAAACAAGUUCAGCUGGACAGCUUCACAGACGAAUACCAUCUGGCAAGCCUAUCCCUUCUAGCAGUCGUCUCCUAUGCCUCGCGCCUCAGUAUGACAUAGACGGCGACCUUAUCAGAGUU